AUGUGCUUAAACCUACUCAAAGUCAAUGUUUUUUACCUGCAAAAAGAGGCAGAGUUCUCUCUACGUCUUAAGACGUUGCUAGACAAGAAGCGCGUCAUCCAAGCUAGAGGUGCUGCAAACUCAAGAUCAUCUGCAAGUUUCGCAACUUUGGUCGAGGGCUUCCAGCAAUUCGAUAAUGACCUCAAUAAGCUACAACAAUUCGUCGAAGUCAACGAGACUGCGAUCUCGAAAAUCCUGAAAAAGUGGGACAAGACAUCAAAGUCACGAACAAAAGAAAUCUAUCUACAAAGGGCCGUCGAACUUCAACCAUGUUUCAACCGAGAUGUACUUCGAGACUUGGCGGAUCGAGCCACAACCGCGAGACUCGAUCUGGAAGCUUGGGCGGAAGGCGAAAACAUACAAUAUGACGCCAAACCAGCAGAUCGCACGAUCGGCCAGCGCGUGGGCACUGAAGACAGUGACAUCGAUCUUCAAAUCCUCCAAGCAUCUGCUGCUGGCAACAUCGCCGCCAUUCGAGAAUGGAUUGCAAGACUGGGUUCGGCGCCAAAUGCCGGCGAACGAUUCACUAGGAUAUUUCUCGCCACAAUCAGCGAAGCGCCUGAUGAGUCUCUACACAUGUUCUUGAGUUCGGGCUUGGUCGACAUUCAUGCUGAAGACGACAUCAAUGAACGCAACUGCUUGCAUGAAGCUACUAUAUACGGCAAGGACAGCGUACUCGACUAUGGUCUCAGCCACGGUGUUGACCUUACUCGCCUGGAUGUAUAUGGUAGGGUACCCCUCCAUUACGCCUGUCUCCGAGGAAGGUUGGCUAUGGUAGAGAAAUUGCUGGCGAGUGGGCCUAACACUAUCGACAUGAAAGAUCACGACAACUUUACUCCUUUAAUUCACAGCAUCGUCCGGCACCGCAUUGAGUGCGUUCGUCUUUUACUUGCGAGCAACGCGGGUAUUGAUCCGCAAUCCGAGGCCGAUCAUAUCCCAUUGAACUUGGCUUGCCAGCAUGAGUCUAUGGAAGUCGCCGCCAUGCUGCUGGAAAGAAAUGCCAAGCUGCUUCCCGAUGCAGAAGGGCUCUUUCCUCAACAUCUUGUGGCUCGGUCGAGUCAAAAGCCCGAUCUGUUAUUGCUACUCCGGCAGCAUGGGGCGGAUCUCAAUCAACGCGACAAGUUGUAUCAAUGGACACCUCUAUUCCAUGCAGCAAGUGAAGGCCGAGUCGAGUGUCUACGUGCGCUUCUAGAAAAUGGGGCUGAUCCUGAAGCACUUGAUGAGAAAGGUCUUACAGCCAUGUAUUAUGCUACCUGGGAAGGCCACCUCGAGUGUAUGGACUUGCUAUGGGAGCGAAGCAGCUAUCGUCGCGCCGAAAGAAGGACAUCCAGAAUCGGAGCUGUCGUCCCUCCUCACAACCAGAUGAAUGCCAUGGAAAUCACGCCAGAAGAACCUAUGGCGGCCGAAGGUGAUGGGAUACCAGAUCUGUCAUUGCCACCACCUAUCAUACCUUUACGAAGAUAUGGACACAACUUCCUUGACAACAAAACAUUCAUCGCCAUCAAUUUUGAGCCUGGUUCGAAGGCUAUUCACUUUUUCAACGAAGCGAGGUAUCCUGCUGCACGUUUGACCAUCUCUUCCAAGACCUCAGACCUCAUUCCUCGCAACUUGAUGUUGCCUAUCCAGGAAGAUUCUAGGUCUGUGUAUUUCCAGGUCGAAAAUCUCAGCACUUUUGCUGUGGAUUUCGAGAUCUUCCCAACCUUUGGUUCGAAAGUCAUCGCCAAAUCCGUCGCCCUACCAGAUUUGUUCCGAGCGAUCGAGAGCAGUAGUGGCACUUGUUGCCUACCACUUUUCGACCCAAGAUUGCGGUCGGUUGGUCAAAUACAAUUCAGCUUCCAGGUCAUCAAACCCUACAAGGGGACUCCUCUGGAAAUUACACAAUUUGCGACGUACUGGAAGGCUACCAGUGCAUUGGACGACCACUCCGGUCUGGUCACAGGGUCAAGUCUGUCAGGUGACUAUCUUAGACUGACUGUGCAACUCACUCGCGACGGAAUCCCGGUCAUCUACCCAUCCUACUUUAUUACCUACAACAAUCUGGACGUCUCACUCUGCCAACUUCGAUUCGAUGUGCUUGCCAACCUCGGACUUGCCACCUCACUACUGGACAACAACGGAAGGUCAUCUUUGGAGAGCGAUGAUAUAAUGCAAUGGCGGAAUCGUCUUUCUGGCUCCGUCAUAGCCCUUCGGGAUGUCUUGCUUGCAAUGCCAGCUCAUAUCAACCUCAAUCUGCACAUACUAUACCCAACAAGCUCGGAAGACAUUGGUCUAGGCGUCUAUUCCAACAUCGAUAUCAAUACAUUCGCAGACAGAAUAUUGACUGAAGUCUUCGACGAUGCGCGAAGGCUGAAAGCUGCGCAUGAUCAAUCUCGCUCGAUCGCUUUCUCGUCCUUCAAUGUCAACAUCUGCACAGCGCUGAACUGGAAGCAGCCAAACUUCCCCGUGCUCCUAUGUAAUGACCUUGGUACGUUACAUGGCACACAACUUGGCGGCCAGCACGGCUCUGGCCCAACUACGUCCUUCAAAGCAUCUUUCGAAAGAGCAACCUCUAUCAAGGAGGCCGCUCGACUUGCGCAGAUGAACAAUUUCAUGGGUCUGACGUGUCCAUCUCGCAUUCUCCAAAUGGUUCCGGCACUCACAGAGACCCUCAAGCAGGCUGGCCUGGUCCUAGUCUCCGACGCGUCCACUGAUGAUGGUGGUGCACAGUCACAACAAGCACCCGGCUCAACGACAGCUGGUUGGGCCAUGAUGCCGGACGGUGUCAAUGGUAUCAUGAAGGACAAUGGCAUUUUGAGAUUUAAUGAGACGGUGGACAUGUGA